AUGGCAGCUGGAUUAAAAUGGGGCCAUGAAGCAAUAGAAGCAAAUUCACAAUACUUUCACUUAGCUGCUUGGGCAGUGCCUGCAAUAAAAACCAUAUCUAUAUUAGCAAUGGGAAAAGUUGAUGGUGACAUUUUGUCUGGUGUGUGUUAUGUGGGACUAUGGGAUGCUGAAGCUCUUCAAGGAUUUGUGCUGGCACCACUUUGUGCUUACCUUUUUUUGGAUCUGGUCUGG